UGGCCCUGCUUCCUAGACCUCACCCCGGCCUGGCCCGGCUGCCUAGACCUCACCCCGGCCUGGCCCUGCUUCCUAGACCUCACCCCGGCCUGGCCCUGCUUCCUAGACCUCACCCCGGCCUGGCCCUGCUUCCUAGACCUCACCCCGGCCUGGCCCUGCUUCCUAGACCUCACCCCGGCCUGGCCCUGCUUCCUAGACCUCACCCCGGCCUGGCCCUGCUUCCUAGACCUCACCCCGGCCUGGCCCUGCUUCCUAGACCUCACCCCGGCCUGGCCCUGCUUCCUAGACCUCACCCCGGCCUGGCCCUGCUGCCUAGACCACACCCCGGCCUGGCCCGGCUGCCUAGACAUCACCCCGGCCUGGCCCGGCUGCCUAGACCUCACCCCGGUCUGGCCCGGCUCGUGGUUCUGCUGUAUGGCUGAUCUGCCCCCCUGCAGUAGCAGCAGUAUGGAGGAAUGGCAGGAGAAACAAGGCCUGCAGACGAUGAACCUGCGGUCUGUGUUCACACUGGAGCAGCAGCGAGUCCUGGAUAGCUACUAUGACAACGGGAUGACCAAUCAGAGCAAGAGCUGCUUCCAGCUGAUCCUUCAGUGUUCUCAGGAGACCAAGCUGGACUUCAGUGUGGUGCGGACCUGGGUGGGCAACAAGAGGCGGAAGCUGGCCUCCAGGGCGGACCAGAACACAGGCAUGUCCCACUCCAAUCACAGCCUGGCUACGGGAGCUCUGUCCAACCACAUGCUAACGGGCGGGGCUCUAGUGGCGGGCGCAAUGCUGACAGGGGAGAUGGCGGCAGCUCAGAAUAUCCAGAGAGGAUCCUCCCACCUCCCUCCAUCCUCUUCCUCCUUCCCCUCUCCCUCCUCCUCUUCCUCCUCCUCUCGUCUCAACUCUGUCAACAACAACAACGAUGUCAUCCUGACAGGGAUUUACUCUCUAGGCUCCACUUCUCGUUCCCAGCCCACUGUUAAGCCCCUCUCCUGUCACUCUGACCUUGAGCUCCCUGUAGAUGUCCAUCAAACUCUGCUCAACCAAUCACAGCACAGGAGGAAUAGUUCUGUCUCCUCCCCCCUCCAGCUCCACUCUAGAUCGGGUACCAUGUCACUUCCUCGCUGUAAACCCCUCUCCCUCUCCUCUUCCCCCUCCUUCUCCUCAUCCCCCAGCCGCCCCAUCCACAAUCUGUCCAAGAGGUGUGGUUUCACCACUGGUUGGGCAGGGUGGGCAGUAGGAAGUGCUGGGUCAGGGAGGGGGGUACCUCGGAGCUGGGCUAGACAGUAUGGUUCUCUCCAGUCCGGCCCCUGUCCCUCCCAGCUCCAGCCCACGCCUCACUCCAACCCCCAGACUCCCCAACCUCACCCCCCAAGGCCCCAUCCUUCCAACCCUCCCCCUUCAGACCACUCCCCCCGCAUUCAUCAGGUCUUCAGCAUAUCAGAGAGGGGGGAGGGGGAGGGACUAGGACAAGGACAGCCUUCUGAUAGCAGCAGGCAAGAGAGACACAGACAGUCUACCCGCCCUUUGGACGCUAUUGGCUGCCUCUCAAUCGCCAUGGAGACGGGCGAUGAAGAGGAUGAGUGGCGGAGGGAGGAAGAGUUAUCCAACAUGGCUGCCACGACACACGGGGACCUCCAGAGAGGCCAGGGGGUGAGGGACAGCCCCAGCAGGGGAGAGGGAUCUGGGGGUAGAGACCUCACAUCCCCCUCCCUGGUCCUCAGCAGCUCCAGGCCUGGUCCAUAUUCUCGGGACAGCUACCCAGUUACUACAACACUACAGACCUCCCCUAGUAUACAGGUUCCAGUCAGUCCCUCUGCUCCGUGGCUCAUCAGUAACUCCAGGAAGAGAACUCUACAGGACAGGACCCAGUUCAGUGAUGUGGACCUGGGCCAGUUGAAGCGGUACUGGGACCGAGGGAUGACCAGUCUGGGUUCUGUCUGCAGAGAGAAGAUCAACGCAGCAGCCAAUCAGCUCAACGUAGACACUGAGAUAGUCAAGACGUGGAUUGGGAACCGGAGGAGGAAGUACCGUCUGAUGGGCAUAAAGAUCCCGCCCCCUAAAGGUGGGCCGGCCUUGUUCCUGACAUCACUGGAAGGGGAGAAGUCUCCCUCUACACUGAGUUCCGAUGGGGAGGGGCUGAGAACGCCCGAGCUGGGAGACAACCUAAAUGAUGGAGCGUCCUUCUGUCUGUCGGAGGAUGGGACCAGUCAGUCGUACCAGAGGGAAGAAGAGAACGGAGUAGAGGAGGAGAGCAGCAGCGCCCCCAUGGCUCACAGCGUGAAGAUAGAGGUGAUUGAUGAUGAUGAUGAUGAUGAUGAUGGUGUUGAGAUGGUCGGAUCUGAUAUGGAAAACAUGCAGAACCUCCUGGAGUUUAAGCUUGAGGAGGUGCAGUAUCUGGAGAGCCAACUAGAGAAUCAGAAUCAGAGAUAUUAUGAGUUGGAGACCUUCACCAAGAGUCUUCUGACCGCUGUAAGGACCAACAACCUGGACAGACAACAGGAGCUCCUAGCCAGUCUACCUCAGCCUGCAGAUCAGGACUGGGACAUGAGUCCAGACGGAGGAGCCAACUCCAUCUCCAGAACAACACACUCUGCAGACAAUCACGAUUCCCCGUUGCCCGCCAGGAGCAACGACGAAACACCAUUGGUCAACCCCAACAAGGACCUCCCAUUGGUCACUGUAAACGAAGACGGUUCAUUGAUUGCUGAGCUCAACGAGUCGUCUGUAUCAGAGGAACUAGAGACUGAGACCGGACCAGAGUGACUGUACUGACACACACAAACACUCCACACCCUGUGCCUGUGGAAGGAUCCUAAACUAACUGUGCUGGGCUCACAAUGCCUUUUACAUUACUUAACACUACGUCUGGUCUAGUAUCAGACACAACAAUAAACAGACUCCAUAAUAACUGA